AUGGUUCCUACCGAUCCUUUUCAGCGCUCGGACUCGGAACGAAGACUAGCGUUGAUGUCACUUUUCGAUUACUUCUUCAACCGUUCGCAUAAAUUUCGCCUUAGAACAGUGGACAAAUUGCAGGAGUUGCUUCUGCUUGUGUGCGAAACGGAUCCUCUGCAUCAUCCUCUUCCUGGGCCCAGUACGGAAGCGAGGGAGUUGAAGUCUUAUGCCAUAAAAACUGUCAAAAAGUGGCAUGAGAAGUUCGGUCCUGGCUACGACAAGCUGAACUAUGUGGGCGAUUUUUUACGAGAAUCUAAGGCUGUAGAUUUCGAUUCAGCUUCUGCAGAACUUUUGGCUGAAAGGUUGAGAAAAGAAGCAGAGGAUCGAAAAAGUGCCGAACUAUCGCAAAAAGUUGUUGCUCACGUCCGCCGAAAACUUGACGAAGUAAAGGAUGACAUUGAACGAUGCAUUGCUUCUGCUGACACAGCUCUCUCAAUCCUAGUGCCCGUGUUUUGUACUGAUUUCGAAGAAAAUGCGGUCAAAAACUGUGACAAUACCUCUGAUCCAAGCAGCGUCCAAGAACUUCAAGAAAAACAG